AUGUUGCUUGCUAGGUUCGCACGCGUCUCCCUCUCCCCCCUCUUCAGACGAGCCAUGGCGCCUUCAGGCAACGCCCAUCCGGCGCAUCAUGGCUCCGCCUCGGCCGCCGCCGUACUGCGAGCCAAUGGGAAACAGCAGCAGCAGCAGCAGCAGCGCACUUAUACGCCGACCGCCAUGAACCGCUGGUCAGUUCUCAACAAGAAACUACCGCCCGUCGAAGCAAUCACCGCAAUCCACGUCUACGACUUUGAUAACACCUUAUUCAAGACACCCUUGCCCAAUCCAAAGUUGUGGAACGGACCAACGAUCGGCCUGCUGGCAAACCCCGACCUGCUCAAUGGCGGCUGGUGGCAUGAUAGCCGCAUCCUUGCCGCGACCGGCAACGGCAUACUCAAGGAGGAGCCGCGCGGCUGGGAGGGCUGGUGGAACGAAAAGGUUGUCGAGCUUGUCCAGCUCAGCAUGAAACAAAAGGACGCGCUCACGGUGCUGCUCACCGGCCGCUCCGAGUCUGGCUUCGCCGACCUGGUCAAGCGCAUGGUCGCCAGCAGGGGGCUCGAAUUCGACAUGGUCUCGCUCAAGCCGGCCGUCGGCCCGGACGGCCAGCGCUUCGCCAGCACCAUGAUCUUUAAGCAGGUCUACCUAGAAACCCUGAUGGAGACGUACAAGGACGCCAAGGAGAUUCGCGUCUACGAGGAUCGGCCCAAGCACGUCAAGGGGUUCCGCGAUUUCAUGAGCGAAUACAACGUGCGGCUCAACGAGAUGGCAGCCGCCGCCAACCAGGGGGGUCCUGCGCCAAACAGGCAACCAAUCACCGCCGAGGUCAUCCACGUCGCCGAGCUGGGCACGAAUUUGGACCCCGUCGUCGAGGUGGCCGAGGUGCAACACUUGAUCAAUACACACAAUGCUCAGCUGGCGUCGAGGCAAGGAGACCAGAGGCGCGACAAGCUCAUGAUCAAGAAGACGGUCUUUUACACUGGAUACCUGGUAAACCCCGAAGACACCUCCCGGCUCUUGGCCCUUGUCGCCCCUAAGCUCCCACGGGCGUCAGAGUCGGAACUCAAGGUCCACGCCAACAACAUCAUGAUCUGUCCCCGCCCCUGUCCGCAUAGCAUUCUGGAAAAGGUUGGCGGCAUGGGCAGCAAGAUGAAGUGGGAGGUGGUUGGGCUCGGGUGCUUCGAGAACAACGUCUGGGCGGCCAGCGUGCGGCCCGUCCCCAUCACCGCAAAGUACCACACCGACAACAAGACGCCGCACAUUGUGCUCGCACUGAGGAAGGGCGCCAGGCCUAUCGACGCCAGCAAGAUCCAAAACUGGCAGCCUCUCCCGCCAGACCAGGCCUUCAUCUUCGAGACGACCGUAGGCGAGAAGAUUCUCUUCCGCAUCGAGGCCGAGGACCCCAGUGAGGGCGAGUAUGAGAGUCUGUUCGCCAAUAAGGCCUCCAAGCGGAAGCACACGGCUGAAGACGAGGCGCCGUCAUACUCUCGCGGCGGCGGGAACUUCCAGAAUGGCAAGCGCAACUUCCACAGCCAAGCCGGCAACUCCAGGGGCGGGGGCGGCCGUGGCAACGGUAACGGGAACGGCAACGGCAACGGUGGUUUCCGUGGUAACUCGGGCAGAGGCAACCGUGGAAACUCGCGCGGCGGCGGCGGCUUUCGAGCCGGCGGCGGCCGGGGCGGAGGUGGUGGGAGGGGCGGGAAGCACUCAUACCACUCGCUGGACGACCCGGGUAAGCAGCGCGACAGCGGCAGUGGCGGGAUAUCAUAUGAGGAUAGCAGCUAUGCGGCCCCGUCGCAGCAGCAGCAACCACCAGCACAAACACAGCAACCAUACACUCAUUACCAGGCAACCCAGCAGAUGGUACCGCCGCCACCGCCCUUAGUCCCCAGUGCGGCCUAUUACCCGCAGUUGCCUCAAGCACCGCCCGUCUGGCAACCGCCCGCAGCUGGCCAAGGCUACGGCGGACCGGACGUGGGAAGUUAUUACUGA